AUGGGUAUUCCCAAUCUACUGCAGGGUCUCAAGUUUGCCGUCAAAAAGGGCAACAUCCGAGACUAUUCAGAUCAAGCCGUGGCGGUCGACGCGUCUUCCUGGUUCCACAAGUCGGUCUACGCCAUUGCCGAUCACUACGUAGAAGUUCUCGAGCGUACGGGACGUGCCGAUGCCCGUUCCAUAGCCGCCGCUACACAAUACGUGAACAAACGUUGUCACGAAAUUCUCACCUACGCCCGUAUCCGCAAAAUCUAUCUCGUCAUGGACGGGGCCCGCUGCCCGCUGAAGGUCGUUACCAACGAUGAUCGCGAGCGACGACGGCAAGAGAAUUUGGCCGAAGCACGGGUCUUUCGUCAACAAAAGCGACCGGACAAAAUGUACGAAAAAUACAAGGCCUGUAUCAAGGUCAAGGCGGACUUGGCUGCGGCCGUGGCACAAAAUAUCGCUAGCGCGUUUCCUGGGAAAGUGGAGCUCGUUUGGGCACCUUACGAGGCGGAUGCGCAACUAGUCAAGCUGGCAAUGAACGGCACCGUACAGGCGAUCAUUACUGAGGACUCCGAUGUCUUAGUGUACGCCGCAACUUGUGAAACGACGGUUUCGGUACUCUUUAAACUGGAUCGGAACACGGGGAGCUGCGAUAUAAUUUCCAUGGCGUGGUUGCUAGAUCCUACCGAAACUUUGGUAAACCCCUCCAAAGCUAACCCGAAAAAAGCGUCGGGGAUCGAACAGAUUGUGGAUGCCUUUGUUAGCCGUCAGUUGCGCGAUCCGGGACGGGGAGUUCGUCUCUUUGUACAAGCGUGUAUUCUGACAGGCUGCGACUAUUCGCCAAAUCAGCUCUCCGGUGUGGGAUUUGUGAACGCCUUUAAGCACGUUCAGAGCGCCAUGCACAAAGACUCGAAAGAUCGGUUUCGACACGUACUAAAGAUGCUUCCACGCAAAGCGAAGGACCAUCUGGAUCCAGUCGUGUACGAAGAGCUUCUGGCGCAGAGUGAAUCCGUCUUUUACUACCACCCGGUCCGAGAGCCCGACGGCCGCGUGGUCUUUCUUCGAGAGCCGGACACAGCCAAUGAGCAUUGGCCCUCUCUGGAUCGAUUCAACGGUAAUCUUUCGUUUCUUGGAGAAAUUCGAAAUGCAUCCGACGGGACGAUGCAAGUGCUGCAUCCAAAGGAACAUGAAGUCGCAUUUCCGCAGCCAUCAGUCAAUGCUCCCGCCGAUCGAGUCUGUCGACCGGCGUCUUCUUUUUUCACGAAGAAUCCAAACACUCGAGGUGGCAAACCUGUUAAGGUCUCCAACCCGUACCAGCAGGCCGAAAAGCGGCCGCGAACAGAGAACCGAGCACCACUGCAACCGAAAAGCCCAAAUGAGAAGACUACCAAAAGGAGCCGCAAACCAUUUUCAAAACUCUGUGCCAGCAAAGAGAAUACCGAUCGUCUACAACAGCAUUUUGGUAGCUCCAAAAACGAUGUCCGCUUUGUUUUGCCAUCGUUUACAUCCGAGGGAGCUCGAGUUCCCCCUCGCACUCUUUUUUCGGCACUACGCAAACCGAAAAAGGUUACAUCGGGGGCUGCUCCUUUUCAAAUCAACGAUGAAAAUAACGAUGAGAAUGCAAUCUGUAACAAAAAUCCUAUUCCCCAGAACUCUCCGAUUUGCGUCCCACCUGCACUUCCAGAAGACACGCGACAAUUUCUGAAGUUGUCGGCCGAAGACUCUCAACGGCGGAAAGUAUCGUACUCGCCCCAAAACACAGAAGGAAAGGUAGCGGUCUGCAAAACUUUCGUUCCCUCUCCACAAUUGGAUAGUGAGGAAAUGUAUCCGAUCAAAAACCACGCCGAAAGCAAGUUUUUCCGUGAUGGGAAACGGUAUGCUCGGCGAGUUACGCUAGAAGAUUCUCCUUCACCCGAUUUUGUCGAGGAGCCAACGGACCAUUGGCAUGUCGUCGGCAGCGCACAUGGCAACAGCUUGAAUCUGGUUUCUGAAAAGUUAGCGCCUUCCUCCUUUGACAUGUAUGAUGAUUUCUUAUCCCCCAGCAAAGACACUGAUGGCGAGAAUAUCACUGAGGAUUUGCCUCCCGAGACGACAUCCGUAGACCGAAAAAAUCCUCUUUGUCGUCCGCUGGAGACUUGCAAACCCAAGCACACGCUUCGUCCGGCUAAACACCUUCACUUUCGAUUCGGCGGAAAAUACCGGUCCACUACGGCUCGGAGUAAGCUUGAAAAGGGGGCUUUGAUGAAAGGAUUUGCCCGACAGCGGCAGCUUGCCACCGUUGACCUUUCUGUCACAUCGGUCUUGCAACGGGCACCGCUAAGUCCAAAACAGAAGAAGUUAUCGCAAUUUGCUUUUCUCAAUUCGCAUCGUUAUUCAAAAGAUGAACGGAAAAACAUAUAA